AUGAAGGGAAGUUUGAUCCUCUGCCUUAUUUUUAUUGUCCUCCCUUAUGUCCACGGAAUGGCAAAUUUAACCUGUGUUUCAUGUCCUCUUGGAAGCACUGAAUGCAGAGAUAAUUGCACAGAUCUGGGGGUUGCAUGUGUAACUUUGGCAGAAGUCAAUACACUGGGUAAGAGUGCUGGUGGAUCGUACAAAGGAUGCAUUGACCAAAAGCUUUGUAGACCUUUGACCUUCACCUUGACCACAGCUACUGGGCGCCACAUCCAAAGCAAUAUGGCAUGUUGCUCAACAGAUAUGUGCAACGAAGGGUUAAGUCUAAGUGCUUCUACGAAUCAAUCCUUUGCCAUCAAGGGCUGUGCAACUAAGAAUGCCUGCAGCUUGCAACAGAAUGACCUGGUGCCAUUUGGAGGGAAGAUCUAUAAAUUGAGUGUGAAGGCAGCUUGCACCGACAAGGAUAAUGAGAUCUACGUGUUUGCCAAACGUGGCUGUGGAACCAAGCAAGCUUGCAGGAACAAAGAGCGCACUUUUGGCAUCCCUGGGUUGUAUGCAGAAAUUUGGAAGAAUGUUACAUGUUCUCAUGCUGCCAAGUGA